UGACGUGUAACAGGAAGCGCAGUUAACCGGAUUGACAGCCGGGAGCUUUUGGCUGUUACUAUGAUCAGAGGGCAAUAACUGAAAUAUUAUUUUUUUGGUAUUUCCCCUCUGCUAUUUAGUUACAUAUUUACUUCAUCAUUUUAUACACCGUAGCAAAUGUGGGAGCACAGCGUUAGCGUGUGGUUGGUCAUUUAGCUUGUCUUCUAUUAGCUGUCAGCAUCGGUUACGUUCUUCCUUGGACAGGUUUUUAUAAGGUCCCUCGUGUGUCACUGGAAUAAUGGCCAGUCCGAAUGAUCUGCAGUUCCAAGAGUUUGAUGAGGCGGCAGAUCUACUGUCUGCUGACCCAGAGGCGACCACACUGAGUGUGUCAGUCACCUCCACGAGGGCAGGAGGUGAGGAUGUGAAGCUGGACCUGACAGAUGAGGAGGAGGGUGAGGAGGAGAGUUCAGAGCUCCUUGGGGGACAGAAAUCUCAAGGUGGCUUCUGGACCUUUGAAUACUACGAGUCUCUGUUCAACGUGGACACCGUGCAGGUUCUGGACAGAGUCAAGGGUUCAGUGCUGCCUUUACCUGGAAGAAACUUCAUCAAACAUUACCUUCGAUCGAACCCAGAUCUCUACGGUCCGUUCUGGAUCUGUGUCACACUGGUGUUCUCAGUGGCCAUUAGUGGGAACCUGUCAAUGUUCCUCACACAGAUGGGAAACCCUGCCUUCCACUACAGACCACAGUUCCACAGAGUAACCAUCGCAGCAGUCAUCAUCUUCAUGUACGCCUGGCUGGUUCCCGUUGCAUUGUGGGGUUUCCUGACCUGGAGACAGAGCGCUGACCGGCAGGUCAAAGGUUAUUCCUUCCUGGAGACGGUGUGUGUCUACGGCUACUCCCUCUUCAUUUACAUCCCCACCUCAAUUUUAUGGAUUAUCCCAUUCGAGUGGUUGCGCUGGAUGUUGAUCCUGGUUGCCAUGGUGAUCUCCGGCUCCGUGCUGGUGCUCACAUUCUGGCCCGCGGUGCGUGAUGAGGCCAAGCUGAUUGCUGUGGCUACAGUUGUGGCUAUCCUGCUGCUGCACACUCUGUUAGCGGUGGGCUGUAAGAUGUACUUCUUCCAUUCAGCCACCAGUAUACCACCACCUGCUGCUGCUGCCACCGUCUCCACACUGACAACGAAACAGCACUAACACACCCAGGGUGGAGGGUCAGGGUGAGGGUCGGGGGGGAGCAGACAUAGAAACGAAGUAUUAAGAAAAUAGAAAUACAGAAUGUGCUGGGACGGGUGUGUGUGUGUGUGUGUGGCUGUUUGUCUAAUUUAUCCUGAGGGUGGCGCUGACGUGACCAUGUACUGAAUGAAGAUGUCAGAAGAUGCUGCGCGUCCUGUGGCUCAGCGGGUUGGUGACUGUUCCUUCAUUUCAUGACCAUAAAUUUAUAUUUUGCUGAAAAUCAAUCUUUUUUUAUCACACACUUUGACAAAAUGUUAACCAUUUACCACAUUGGUCAUGCUGCAGGAAAAUGGUAAAAAUAUAAAACAUAUAUAGAUAUAUAUUUUACCGUAGUCAUCUAGUUUUCAACGUUUCCCCUGUGGUUUUAUGUUUGUGUCUCUGAUGAGGUCAUUUAUCAAAAUGACUUUGAUUUCUAUGAAAUUUUGUGAAUCAUUAAGAUGGGAUUUUGGAGGUUUGAUAAGAUUCAGGAAACGUCUUUGUGCUUUUUCCAGGAAAAGGUGCCGCAUUGGUUGAACAGUGACUUAAGUUAUGGGAUGUCUGAUGAUCUGAGCAUGAAGUUAUUUUUAGUUAGUUUAAUUUAAUUCCCUAAUUCAUUAAGUUUAUUUGAUGAGUAAUUACAAUUGGAUUAAAAUGCUUUUUUUUUUUUUAAAGUUAUAUGUACACACCUAUAUGGAUACAUGUAUGUAUGCACCGUAUAUGUAUAGAUAUGUACAUAUAUACGUGGCAGUUCUAUGGCUGCCACUUGUAGACAUUUUGUUUUGUUUUUUUUAAAUGUAGUAAAAUGCUCCCCAUUCCUGUCAGUUUGACCCUGGAGGCAGAAUGUUAGUCGAUGGACACUGGAACAAGAUGUUACACUGCGACUCCAAAUGUUUUGGUUUUUUUCCCCUCAGCUGUUUCUCUCACUGUGAUGCUCUUCAGGGCUUUCAUGUUAAUAAACUGUUCUGUUCUGUUCUGAA